AUGAAACCACAGAGCCACAAGCAGAAGAGUCAUCUGAAGCAGAAAAGGAGUUGAAGUUGUGUGUUGACCAACAGGAGAUGCAGAUAAUUCUGAAGAGCCUUCUGCAGGAUGAGGGUGUGGUCAUGGGAACAGUUCGGGGAGACGGGCAUCGUCCUGCUGGGCUUCCUGACACUGGCGGUGUCUGUGGGGAACCUGUCCACCCGGGGCCAGCAGGAGGACGGCGUGGCGUCCAACAGCCUAGAGGAGGAGCUGGAAGUGACCACGUACUGGUGGGGUGAGUGGGCCAAGUGGACAGCCUGCACUCGUACCUGUGGAGGGGGAGUGAUGUCACAGGAGAGACACUGCCUGAAACAGAGAAAGAAAGUUGCUGCUGGGAAGGACAACAUGACCUGUACAGGAACUGCUAAGAAAUAUCACCUCUGCAACACUAAAGAAUGUCCUGCCACUGGGAGGAGCUUCAGAGAGGAGCAGUGCUGGUCCUUCAACUCCCAGUUUUACAAUGGGAGGAACUACCAGUGGAAACCUCUGUAUCCUGAUGACUACGUACACAUCUCCAGUAACCCCUGCGAUCUCCACUGCACCACCCCUGACGGCCAGAGGCAGCUGAUGGUGACGGCACGGGACGGCACUUCCUGCAAGUACAGCAGUUACCGUGGUGUCUGCGUGGAUGGUAAGUGUGAGCCAAUCGGAUGUGAUGGAGUACUGUUUUCCUCCAACACCUUGGAUAAAUGUGGGGUCUGUCAAGGUGAUGGCAGCAGCUGCAGCAGAGUCACCGGAAACUUCCGCCGUGGGGCCACGACUCUGGGUUAUUCUUUUAUCACUCAAAUCCCUGAAGGAUCAUGGGACAUCCAGAUCAUUGAGAGGAAGAAGUCAGCUGAUGUUCUAGCUGUGACUGACCAGGCAGGCAACUUCUUCUUUAAUGGUGCCUAUAAGGUGGACAGUCCCCAGAACUUCCAUGCAGCAGGAACAAUUUUCAAGUACCGCCGCCCUAUGGAUGUGUACGAGACUGGGAUCGAGUACAUUGUUGCCAAAGGUCCCAUCGAUCAGGCCAUCAAUAUUCUGGUUUGGAACCAGAACGGUCGUACACCGUACAUCACGUACGAAUACACUGUCCUCCGAGACUCACUGCCACCCAUCCCACCUCCUCCUGUCUACACCGGAUCAGACACCUCAGCCGGAGAGAUUUCUGUGGAGAUGGGGGGCCUGCUUGCCCCUAACAGCAGUAUUUAUGACCAUUCCACCACUAAGGGCCAGUUGGAGCCAGGAGGUGCAGAUGGGCAGAAGGGCCAAGAGACCAACGAGGUGUACGAGGAGACAGCAGCCAUCGGCUGUGACCAGGAUGGAGCCGCUGCCCCUAAAUAUUCAGAGGGAAAUAGCAGUCAUACAGGCAGCACUGCCAAACCUGCCCCUGAUGGUGGGCCCCUGGAUACGGGGCCAGACUCUCCAAACCUCAUCUGGAGGGUCCUGCUGGAUGGCCGAAUUAGCUCAGAUGAGUUGCUCAUCAACAUCUCAACUAAUCAGCUGCUGACAGAUGGAGACAGUUUGUUCUCGGCAGAGGUGGGACCAGCCGAGAUGGACCUGAGCAGUGUGGAGCAAGAUGGACUGUUUGGUGUCAACGAGACGCUGGAAUUUACUCUGGGUCGCAAACGCAACGACAGCGGAGACAUUCCCUAUGUGAACAAAACGGUACAGAGCGGUGGAAGGACCUCCGCCCGCUCCAACAGAACCAGAGCAAAUCAAAGGAUGUACCUGAAGCAACUGAGCAUGAGUCCUGCUGACUGGUAUCGCUGGAAACUUUCCUCUCAGGAGCCCUGCAGCAUGACAUGCUCUAUAGGAGUGUCAAAGUCCUUCGUCACAUGUAUUCGUUAUGAUGGUGUCGAAGUGCACGAUAUGUAUUGUGAUGCUUUGACCAGACCGGAGCCAGUCCAUGACUUCUGUAUUGGGAGAGAAUGUCAACCCAGAUGGGAGGCGAGCAGCUGGAGUGAGUGCUCGAGGACCUGCGGGGAGGGUUUCCAGUUUCGUCAAGUCCGCUGUUGGAAGAUGCUCUCACCGGGCCUGGACAGCUCUGUCUACAGUGACCUCUGCACCAUGGCCGACCUGGAGAGACCUGUGGAGAGACGACCCUGCAAGAGCCCCGCCUGCGGCCCACAGUGGGAGGUGGCCGAGUGGUCCGAGUGUCCUGCUAAAUGUGGCCGCAAAGCCCAGGUGACGCGGGAUGUCCGCUGCUCUGAUGAGACCAGACCGUGUGACCCAAUGACCAAACCACCAAACAUCAAAAACUGCACAGGUCCACCCUGUGAACGCCACUGGACUGUGUCCGAGUGGGGGCCCUGCUCGGGGGUGUGCGGCCAGGGGAAGAUGGUGCGUCAUGUGUACUGUAAAGCUCCGGAGGGUCGCGUGGUUCCAGAGAACCAGUGUUCUGCGGAGAACAAGCCGCUGGCCAUCCACCCCUGUGGGGAGAGAGACUGUGCUCCACACUGGCUGAGCCAAGACUGGGAGAGGUGUAACACAACCUGUGGUCGUGGCAUGAAGCAAAGGACUGUCCUGUGUGUCGGCAUCAGUGCAGGAAAGUUCCAAAUUUUUGAUGAUGAGGCUUGUGGAGGCAGCGAGAAGCCCGAUGAGGAAAGCACCUGCUUUGAGAGGCCGUGCUUUAAAUGGUACACCACCCCGUGGUCUGAGUGCACAAAGACGUGUGGUGUGGGUGUGAGGAUGAGGGACGUGAAGUGUUACCAGGGCAGGGAGCUGGUCCGAGGCUGCGACCCCCUCACCAAACCACCGGCCAAACAGACGUGUACCCUGCAGCCCUGCCCAACUGAGCCGCCAGAUGAGAGUUGUCAGGAUCGUCCCUCCGCCAAUUGCCUGCUGGCUCUGAAGGUCAACCUGUGCAGCCACUGGUACUACAGCAUGGCCUGCUGCCACUCCUGCCGCGCUGUACGACCUCCAAGCUUCUAGCUCCAGGACAGCACGCCUUCUCUCCACCCCAACUCUAAUUUCAGCAUGAGGAAAGAAAUGGGUAUGUUUAUGUACACGUGGUACAACAGUUACUGUGAACAAUGAGAGGAAGCUGAUUAUAAGAAGCAGAACUUUCUCUAAUAACAUGGUUUUCUAUGAUUAAUUUGUCAGUUGGAUAGUUUAAAUGAUCUAAAAUGAAAUCAGGUCAUCUUCAUAUCAGACAAAAACAGUUUGUCAGAAUACUUUUGUAGGCCUUGAGCCUCCUGUCACUCCUUCACACCAUCACAGAAUACUCAUUAUCAUUAAACUGUAUCUCAGUUAUUAAGGCAGUUGUUCUCAGCUGUUAUUAAUUAUUUAUCUUCCUCUAACAACAUGUGGAGCUGGAGACAAAGUGGAGUCAAACGGUCUUACAGACCUCCGUCAUCAGUUAGCAACGUGCUCUAGUUGUGUUCGUCGCUGCAAUGAGAAUAUGUAUUAAAUUAUUUUUCAACGGAAUAUACUGCAUGACUAGAAUAUUUAAUACAGAUACUGUUUAUGAAAUAUUUAAUUGUAUUUCAGUUUGGUGUCUGGCAUGUAAAAAGUUUAUAUUUCCAUUCCACCCCCUGCCGCUUGGCACCGUGCCGAUAGGCCUGCAGGAUAUGGAAGCAUAUUUAUUAGCCAUAGCACAUUUUCAUUUAUCGUGACGCUCCUGAUGCCAGCCGAUGGUUAUUCAUCGGGUCAUCUGAUGCCAGUUCUAGUCUGUGUGUGUGACAGAGAAGGAGAGAGUUAAUACAAACACAGAAAGAAACAUUCCUGACACUUGAAGUAUGGUUGAAAUGUAUUCAGACGUGUACAUGUAUGUCUCAUUUUUAACUAUUGUGUACUGUGUUUUUAUAUAACUGAUACCUCUUUGUACAAAACUAAGUAUGGAAAUUGUGUACUGUUGAUAAUAAACAGAA